ACCCCUACCCUACCCCCACUACUCCUACUACUCCCUCGUCGCUCCACUCACUCACGCAACGCUUUCCUUCCUUCAAAUCGACCAUGUCUUCCUUCCCCAUAAAUUAAAACUGACGCCAUUUUUCACAGCUUAACUGCCAUGGGAGUUGUGGAAAUGUCGAAUAACCCCCCCGACUCCUUUGCCUCUCCGGCUCUCUCCCUCAGCCUCGCCGGGAUAUUCCGAGAUGCGGCGGCCGCCAGGGCGGCGAACGCCGACGCGGAAGAAGGGAGCGCCGGAGGACCGCGGCGAGAGGAGACGGUGGAGAUUAGCAGCGAGAAUUCUGGCCCGGCCAGAUCGCGCUCCGACGAUGAUUUCGACGGUGAUAGGGAGCACGACGAUAAUUACAACGAUGAAGACGACGAUAACGCCAAGAAGAAAAAGAGGAAAAAAUAUCACAGGCACACCGCCGAGCAAAUUAGAGAAAUGGAAGCGUUAUUCAAAGAGUCCCCUCAUCCAGAUGAGAAACAAAGGCAGCAACUAAGCAAGCAACUAGGCCUUCAUCCAAGGCAAGUCAAGUUCUGGUUCCAAAAUCGACGAACACAAAUCAAGGCCAUACAGGAACGCCAUGAAAAUUCAUUGUUGAAAUCGGAGAUAGAGAAACUCCGGGACCAAAACAAGGAAUUAAGGGAGACCAUUAAGAAUAAUUGUUGUCCUAAUUGUGGAUUUGCCGGCAGCGCCGCCGGCAAAGACCCCAUGGUCGCCGCCGGAGGAGAACAGCAGCUGCGGAUUGAAAAUGCCAGACUCCGAGCUGAGGUGGAGAAGCUCCGGGCAGCGGUGGGAAAAUACCCAGCAGGAACAUCGCCAAACAACUCAUCAUCAUGUUCAGGAGGGAACGAGCAAGAGAGCAGAAGUGCACUGGAUUUCUACACCGGCAUUUUCGGCCUGGAAAAAUCUCGGAUUAUGGACGUGGUUAACGUAGCCCUGGAAGAGCUGAAAAAGAUGGCCUCCUCGGCGGCACCAUUGUGGAUAAGAAGCUUUGAGACCGGUCGGGAGAUUCUUAAUUACGACGAAUAUGUGAAGGCCUUUUCCGUCGACAAAUCUGCACCCACCACUGCUCUGCCGCCUAAGAGAUCCUCCAUCGAGGCCUCCAGAGACACAGGGAUUGUGUUCAUGGAGCCUCAUCGCCUCGUUCAAAGUUUCAUGGAUGCGAAUCAAUGGAAAGAAAUGUUCCCGUGCAUGAUCUCAAAGGCAGCCACGGUAGAUGUUAUCAGCGUUGGAGAUGGAGCUAAUGGUAACUGGAAUGGCGCAGCUCAGUUGAUGUUUGCAGAAGUGCAGAUGCUAACACCAGUGGUGGGCACAAGAGAAGUGUAUUUUGUCCGUUACUGUAAGCAGUUAAGUGGAGAUGAGUGGGCGAUUGUUGACGUUUCAGUUGACAAGGUAGAGGACAACAUUGAUGCCUCUCUUGUCAAAUGCAGAAAGCGUCCCUCGGGCUGCAUUAUCCACGAUAACUCCAAUGGUCACUGCAAGGUGACCUGGGUGGAGCACUUGGAAUGCCAAAAGAGCACAGUUCACUCGCUGUACCGUGCCAUAGUUAACAGUGGUUCAGCUUUUGGUGCGCAUCACUGGAUGGUAACGCUACAGCAACACUGCGAGCGCCUCGUCUUCUACAUGGCAACAAAUGUUCCCACAAAAGAUUCAACUGCAGGUGUUGCCACUCUUGCGGGGCGGAAAAGCAUACUGACAUUGGCGCAGAGGAUGUGUUUGGCCUUUUUCCGUGCACUUGGAGCUUCAAGUUACAACACAUGGAACAAGAUCCCCACCAAAACUGGGGAUGAUAUCAGGGUGGCUUCUAGAAAGAACUUAAGUGAUCCUGGAGAGCCCCUUGGGGUCAUCUUGUCUGCAGUUUCUUCUGUCUGGUUGCCAGUUUCUCACCAUGCUCUUUUCGAAUUCCUCAGAGAUGAAACUCAUAGACAUGAGUGGGACAUCAUGUCAAACCGAGGUCCAGUGGAAUCCAUUGCAAAUCUAGCAAAAGGGCAGGACCGAGGAAACGCUGUCACCAUUCUUGCAACGAAAUCGAAAGAAAACAACAUGUGGCUCCUCCAAGACACAUGCACAAAUGUUUACGAAUCGAUGGUGGUGUAUGCCCCUGUAGACAUUGGCAGCAUGCAAGCUGUGAUGACGGGCUGCGACUCCAGCAACACAGCAGUCUUAGCUUCGGGUUUCUCAAUUCUCCCCGAUGGCCUCGACUCCAGGCCAUUGCUAAUCACUUCUAAACCAGAAGAAAAGAGCACAGAAGGGGGAUCCUUGCUAACAAUUGCCUUCCAAAUCCUAACCAGCAACUCUCCAACAGCCAAGCUUUCUAUGGACUCGAUCGACUCACUCAACAACCUCGUAUCGUGCACUUUGCAAAAGAUCAAAAAAUGUUUGCAAUGUGAAGAUGGAUAAUAAUAAUCAUCAUACCUCAACUGAUGAUUAUUAUAGUAGGAACCGAAUUGAACACCUUCUAAUCAUAUCUCAACUGAUGUAAUGUGAACACCAUAACAGCUGCUAGAACAAAGCUAUAUAUAUAUAUUACUACAACAUAUAUAGAGAUCAAUGUAUAUGGUCCCCCAUAAUAAUUAUAUAUUGCAGGCAAACACUUUCUAUACUUUAUCGUUUUUAUAUUGAUACAAUAUGUGAAUUUUACUACA